CAGGUAGAAUGGACCAGCGUGGGUGCUGGAAGUGUGAGGGGGAGUCACCCCAAGAGCCACCACAGUGCUGGGCUCAGGAGAAGACGCAGCAGCACUGUCCCCUGGCCCAGGCGAGUGUCAAUCAAGAUGUUCUCUCUCCCUCACGCGGCCUUGCUUCCGAGGGGCUCUGGCCUUGCUGCUGAGACUUUCUAGAGCCACUGUGGGCCUUUGGUGCUUCUGGAAGAGGUAUUCUCGGGAGCGUGGAUUCAUAUCUACAGGCAAAGCCCAUCCUGGAAAAAGAAAAGUGUCCCACAGGAAGUUCUGGCCAGGGACAGCGGGGCUCUGAGAUAAGAGCACCCGAGGGCCAUGGUCAUGCCCUUUUGCCCUGUGGAGGCCCGUAGAGCUUCCUGUCCCUGUGAACCUGGUGAUCAGCACCCGAUUGGGUCAAGAUAACCCAGGUCAGGCCCCAAACCAAAUGAGUCACUUGACUUGACUGGAACACAUUCACAAUCCCGUGAGUGGUCUGGUGACUCCUGGUUUAGAUGAAUUAACUUCUCAGCCUGAAGGCCGUCUCGAGGACCAGGACAACUGUGCCCAUGGCCUCAGUGCCCGGGCUCCUGCCAGAGCCCUGCCCUGGCAAGACGCCUCACUCUUGGGAGAGCCAGUUUAGCGGUGGGAAGGAGCUGGGAGUGACUGCCCGAGGGCACAGGGCUUCCCUCCGGGGUGAAGACUGCGUGGCACUGUGAAUGGCAAACACGGAGCGGUUUGAGAUGGAGACCCGAGGGGUCAACCACGUCGAGGGGGGCUGGCCCAAGGAUGUGAACCCCCUGGAGCUGGAGCAGACGAUUCGCUUCCGGAAAAAAGUAGAGAAGGACGAGAACUACAUCAAUGCCAUCAUGCAGCUUGGCUCGAUCAUGGAGCAUUGCAUCAAGCAGAACAACGCCAUUGACAUCUACCAGGAGUAUUUUGACGAUGAGGAAGAGGUGGAGGUGACGGAAGAGGCCCCUUCAGCUAAGACCAUUAAUGUCUUCAGGGAUCCGCAGGACAUCAAGCGGGCAGCCACACACGUCUCCUGGCACCCUGAUGGCAACCGGAAGUUGGCAGUGGCCUAUUCUUGCUUGAAUUUUCAGCGGGCACCUGCGGGCAUGAGCCACGAGUCAUACAUCUGGGAACUGGAAAACCCGAAUAGGCCUGAAAUUGUCCUGAAGCCACCUUCUCCGCUGGUCACCUUGGAGUACAACCCCAAAGAUUCCCACGUGCUCCUGGGGGGCUGCUACAACGGGCAGAUAGCCUGCUGGGACACACGGAAGGGCAGCCUGGUGGCCGAGCUGUCCACCAUCGAGUUCAGCCACCGAGACCCCGUGUACGGCACCAUCUGGCUGCAGUCGAAGACGGGCACUGAGUGCUUCUCGGCAUCCACAGAUGGGCAGGUCAUGUGGUGGGACAUCCGCAAGAUCAGCGAGCCCACGGAGGUGGUGGUCAUGGACAUCACCAGAAAGGAGCUGCUGGAGAACGCCCUGGGCGCCAUCUCCCUGGAGUUCGAGUCCACGUUGCCAACCAAGUUCAUGGUGGGCACGGAGCAGGGUAUCGUCGUCUCCUGCAACCGCAAGGCCAAGACCUCAGCCGAGAAGAUCGUGUGCACCUUCUCAGGCCACCACGGCCCCAUCUACGCCCUCCAGAGAAACCCCUUCUACCCGAAGAACUUCCUGACGGUAGGGGACUGGACAGCCCGCAUCUGGUCGGAGGACAGCCGGGAGUCGUCCAUCAUGUGGACCAAGUACCACAUGGCUUACCUCACUGAUGGCGCCUGGAGCCCCGUGAGGCCGGCAGUGUUCUUCACCACCAAGAUGGACGGAACCCUGGACAUCUGGGACUUUGUGUUCAAGCAGUGUGACCCCGCCCUGAGCCUGAAGGUGUGUGACGAGGCCCUCUUCUGCCUCCGGGUGCAGGACACUGGAUGUCUCAUUGCCUGUGGCUCCCAGCUGGGGACCACCACCCUGCUAGAAGUCUCCAGCGGGCUCUCCACCCUCCAGAGGAACGAGAGGAACAUAGCUUCUUCUAUGUUUGAGCGCGAGACCCGGCGGGAGAAGAUCCUGGAGGCCAGGCACCGAGAGAUGCGCCUGAAGGAGAAGGGCAGGGCUGAGGGCAAGGACGAUGACCAGCCGGCCGAUGAGCUGGCCGUGGACCUGCAGGACCUGGUCGCCAAGGCCGAGGAGGAGUUCUUCAGCGUCGUCUUCCAAGAGCUGAAGAAGAAGGAGACAGAGGCCAUGGAGAAGAAGUCGAAGCUCGCGCAUCUGAGCAGGCGUGGUGACCCAGUGAAUGCGGGCCCCGGGCACGGCCAGCUGUCAGAGAGGCGAGUCCUGGAGGCCGGGGAGGGAAGGGCUACGGCUCGCGCAGCCGAGUGUCGGGAUCGACCCUGUGGUCACUGUCCGGCCGGGGCUGACCCUGAAGACCUCCUGGCUGUAUCUCCGGGGCUGGUGAAUGAGGAGCAUGAGCUGUGAAGGUCGUGUCUAGUGAGCGGGGUACAGUGGCACACGCCUGUGACCCCAGCCACUCGAGAAGCUGAGACAGGAGAACCUCAAGUUCAAGGCCAGCCUUGGCAACUUAGCAGGACCUUGUCUCAAAAUAAAUAAAUAAAUAGAUAGAUAGAAAGGGCUGGGGAUGUGGCUCUGAGGCAGAGCACUUGCCUGGCUUGUGUAAGAGAGUUUAGUCACCUUCCAGUCCCUCUUCAGCGGACAGAGGGAGAACAAGACCUGGUCUGCCUGUGUCAUGGUCCUUAGGGCCCCCCCCCCAGAGAAGAUGCUGAGGUGGGGAGGAACCAGAGCUCAUCAUGGUGGAGAAAAGGCCAAGUCGGGGAUGCCCGGACCCAGACUGGCUGCUCCGUGGUGUCGGCCUGCGUCCCUGCACACACCCAAAGUGAAAAUAUGGGGCCCCUGUUGAAAAAGCACUUAGCAUUUGAAAAAAGUGUCACUAAGGCAAUAAUCAAGGGCAGGCCCCUUCCAAGCUCAGGCCCUGUGUGACUGAGGCCCCUCCCACUGGCGCUAAGGAGCUGGUGCUUGUGGGGGGGCGUUUGGCAUUUGGAAGCACUUGGAGAGGGGCCCCUUUGUUCUCGCACUGAGUGGGGCAGGAGGGGCAGAGAG